AUGUGCGAUGUGACUGUAGGCGAAGCGGUUGAGGGCGGUUCCGGAUCGGCGCAGAAAAGGGAAGCAGGCGAUUGUAGCGAAGGGAACGGAGCGCGUGACAGUAUCGAAGUGAGGGAAAAGAGUGCGUGUAAGGAGAGCGCGGAGGUUAAAGGAAAGAUAGAGGGUAGCGACGCAAAGGGGUUGAGCCGUGCGGAGGAAAAGGGAAGGGAGGGAGUGAUUAAGGAGGAGGAAGAUGGGGAGAAAAACGAGGAGGAGGAGGAGAGUGAGGAAGAGGAGGAGAGUGAGGAAGAGGAGAGUGGAGAAGAGGAGGAGAGUGAGGAAGAGGAGGAGGAGGAGAGUGAGGAGGAAGAGGAAGAAACAGCAGAGGACGCGGAUGAAGCAGAGGAGGAGAAGGAGGGGGAGGAGGAAGAGGAAGAAUUACGCAAUGACAUUUUGAUAGAGGAAGAGGAGGAGUUGGAGAGGCUUGAGGGCCAUGUGGGAGACACAGGGGAGCCGGGCCUGCCACCUGUCGCGAUUCCCGAUGUCAAGAUGGAAGACUCGGACGAGCUCCUGCCUUUGGGCCACGUGUCAGCUAUUGUAGAGACAUCGGUGGUGGUUCAAGCCGACCCCUCUGCCCGCGCUCUAGAGGAGGGAUCCCUGCUCUUCCUAUCUGAUCACCGGUGCCUGCUGGGUGUUGUGGAUGAGAUUUUCGGGCCGGUGAAAGCACCGCUGUAUCGCGUGCGGUUUAACACGAGAGAAGAGGUGCCUGCGCUGGCUACUGUGGGUGUAGCGGUGAGCUUUAUAGAGAGGAUGGCGGGGUAUGUGCUGGAUGAUGCUGCGUUGAGGGCCAAGGGGUAUGAUGUGGGGGAGGAUGGGGAGGAGGAGGAGGAGGGGAGUGAGGAGGAAGUGGGGGAGGGAGGGGUGGAGAAGGGAGGGCGAGGGAAGGGAGGGCUCUGGUAG